AGAGAUUAGAGGGAAGGAGGAAGGAAGAAAGGGAGGGAGGAAGCAUUGUUUAGAAGAAACCAGAGUUAUAAGCCUGAAUCUAUAGAGUGUGUGCUGAGAGUAGUCCUACUUCUGGUGGUAAGGGAUAAAGAAAAUGGUAUGUGCAAAACGUUCAUUAAAUAUGUCUGGGCCUUACAGAAUUUUUCUAAGGUAUUCUGUUAGUAUCCUAGUCAUCAAUGACGUAAUGAGAUAGCUGUCACCUCUUUUGAUACUUUAUGAUGAAGCAGGAUACUGUUCCUUACUUUUGGAGUAGAGAAGAUCAUGGAGUUGGCUGCAGUGAGACUCGAUGCUGAACAAGAAGGGGUAGUUUCUACAAAUUAAAAUGAGUCUUAAACUCAGAAUCCACAUUUUUGUCAUUUAUUGUUACAAAGCAUAUGGGGAUUUUCUGAAGUUUCUUCUCAAAGGGUUACUCGGCUCCCAGUCCAGGUCCACAAAUUGCAGGUGAUUGCAAGGCCUGUGAUUGAGACAUGAAAAUUAUGUAGCAAGUAGUGACAAGCCAAGUCCACUGGGACAUACACAUAUACACUCAAUCAAGGUGCUUCACUAAAACGUGUGUGAUUUCCAUUCUAGUCAGUUUCUUAAAACUCAUUAAAAUGGCCAGCCAAAAGAUAUGCUUAGCUCUAGGAUUUCUUGCAUUUUUGUGGGCUGAAUUGGGUGCUCAAAACAAAACAGAGGAACUACAAUGCAGGUUGAUGGCCAAGUUUAAUUUGUCUGGAUAUGUAGAUGCCAAAAACCAUUCGCUUGUGAUUGCAGGAUUGUUUCCUAUCCACUCCAGAAUCAUCCCAGUAGAUGAAUCUAUUUUGGAGCCGGUGUCACCCAUGUGUGAAGGGUUUAACUUUCGGGGUUUCCGCUGGAUGAAAACCAUGAUCCACACCAUCAAGGAGAUUAAUGCGAGGAAAGACAUUUUGCCCAACCACACUCUGGGUUAUCAGAUCUUUGAUUCCUGCUAUACCAUCUCCAAAGCAAUGGAAUCAUCUUUGGUGUUUCUUACAGGGCAGGAAGAAUUCAAACCCAAUUUUAGAAACAGCACUGGAUCAACUCUGGCAGCAAUGGUUGGAGCAGGGGGAUCAUCCUUGUCAGUUGCUGCUUCAAGAAUUCUGGGGUUGUAUUACAUGCCUCAGGUGGGCUAUACUUCUUCCUGUUCAAUUCUUAGUGACAAAUUCCAGUUUCCAUCUUAUCUUCGUGUAGUACCCAGUGAUAAGAUCCAGUCUGAGGCCAUGGUGAAUCUUAUCAAACACUUUGGUUGGGUCUGGGUAGGUGCUAUUGCAGCUGAUGAUGAUUAUGGAAAAUAUGGAGUAAAAACUUUUAAGGAAAAAAUGGAGAGUGCCAACCUCUGCGUUGCUUUCUCUGAAACCAUUCCAAAAGUCUACUCAAAUGAGAAAAUGCAAAAAGCUAUUAAUGUAGUAAAGAAUUCCACUGCAAAAGUCAUUGUGCUUUACACUUCUGACAUUGAUCUCAGCCCCUUUGUGUUGGAAUUGAUUCAUCAUAACGUAACUGACAGGACAUGGAUAGCCAGUGAAGCCUGGAUUACCUCAGCUCUCAUUGCAAAGCCUGAGUAUUUUCCCUAUUUUGGUGGAAGUAUUGGAUUUGCAUUACCAAGAACUACUAUACCUGGACUAAAAGAAUUUCUUUAUGAUAUACACCCUAGCAAGGAUCCAAAUGAUGUCUUGACCAUUGAAUUCUGGCAAACUGCUUUUAACUGUACCUGGCCCAACAGCAGUGUGCCUUACAAUGUGGACCAUAGAGUGAAUAUGACUGGUAAAGAAGACAGAUUGUAUGACAUGUCUGAUAAGCUCUGCACUGGAGAGGAGAAGCUGGAGGAUCUGAAAAAUACUUAUCUGGAUAUGACUCAGCUAAGAAUCACAAACAAUGUUAAACAAGCCGUGUAUGCUAUAGCUCAUGCCCUGGAUCUCCUCAGCAGAUGUCAAGAAGGAUAUGGACCAUUUGGUACAAAUAAUGCAUGUGCAUAUAUACCCACCUUUGACUUCUGGCAGCUAAUGUACUAUAUGAAGGAAAUUAAAUUUAAAUCACAUGAGGAAAAGUGGGUAGUUCUGGAUGAUAAUGGAGAUUUGAAGUUUGGACACUAUGAUAUCCUAAACUGGCAAUUAGAUGAUAGUGGAGAAAUUUCCUUUGUGACAGUUGGGAGAUUUAACUUCAAAACUGACAUGUUUGAGCUCAUUAUUCCAACAAAUUCUACAAUAUUUUGGAACACUGAGUCAUCAAGGCGUCCAGAUUCAUUCUGCACACAAGUAUGUCCUCCAGGGACCCGGAAGGGGAUUCGCCAGGGGCAACCCAUAUGCUGCUUUGAUUGCAUCCCAUGUGCUGAUGGAUAUGUGUCAGAGAAACCAGGCCAGAGGGAAUGUGAUCCAUGCAGUGAAGAUGACUGGUCCAAUGCAGAGAAGAGCAAGUGUGUACCAAAGCUUGUGGAAUUCCUCGCUUAUGAGGAGGCCCUGGGGUUCACCCUUGUCAUCCUUUCCAUAUUUGGGGCACUUGUGGUCUUGGCAGUCACUGUUGUAUAUGUGAUACACAGACAUACUCCAUUGGUGAAAGCCAAUGACAGAGAGUUGAGUUUCCUCAUUCAGAUGUCUCUGGUUAUCACGGUGCUCUCAUCCAUGCUGUUCAUAGGCAAGUCAUCCAACUGGACAUGCAUGGCCCGCCAGGUCACUCUGGCACUGGGCUUUUGCCUUUGUCUGUCUUCCACUCUUGGAAAGACUAUUUCACUCUUUUUUGCGUACAGGAUUUCCAAAUCCAAAACCCGGCUUAUAUCCAUGAGCCCCAUUUAUCGAAAACUAAUUGUGCUGAUCUGUGUUGUAGGGGAGAUUGGUGUAUGCACAGCUUACUUGGUGUUGGAGCCUCCAAGGAUGUUCAAGAACAUUGAACCUCAAAAUGUAAAGAUCAUCUUUGAAUGUAAUGAAGGGUCUAUAGAGUUUCUGUGUGCUAUAUUUGGGUUUGAUGUUUUUCUGGCUCUGCUGUGUUUCCUUACAACCUUUGUGGCUCGCAAGCUGCCAGAUAACUAUUAUGAAGGGAAAUGUAUCACUUUUGGGAUGCUGGUCUUUUUCAUUGUCUGGAUCUCUUUUGUCCCUGCUUACUUGAGCACUAAAGGCAAAUUCAAAGUAGCUGUGGAAAUAUUUGCCAUUUUGGCAUCCAGCUAUGGCUUGUUAGGCUGUAUAUUUCUUCCCAAGUGUUUCAUUAUCUUGCUGAGGCCAAAGAGGAACACGGAUGAAACUGUUGGUGGAAGAGUCCCCACUGUUGACAGGAGCAUCCAGCUGACUUCAGCCUCUGUGAGCAGUGAGCUUAACAGCACAACAGUGUCAACUGUUCUGGAUGAGUAGAGCUGUGAGCUCUAAGUGUCAGGCAAAGCUGGAAGGCAACUUGCCUCAACCUUUCUUUGUAUAUUGUGAUGAAGCAGCUGCUGAUGUUGUAGAGUAGUAUUGGUUGUAGCUCUGUUGAUGUAGGUUUAACCUAAUGAAUGGUAUCUCAGUCUGUGACAUGGCAUUCAGUAUAGAUUAGAAUGUCACUUAUGUUUGAAAUAGGAAACCAUUUUAUUAGGUUUUAAAAUAGAGGCUCUAAAUAAACACAAUUCAUCAGACAUUGUAUUAAAAAUGGUUCAUGAAUAUUUUUUCUGAUUUUCUUUUUCAUAAGUUUACAUCAAAUAAAAAUAGAGGCAGGUUUUAAAGA